UUCUCUCUAGUGUUCUGUUCGUAAAGCGCGUGCACGGAGAGCGGGAGCGCGCCAGCUAGAGAAUAGAGAACGGCUCUGUGUCGAGUCGCGCGCUAAUCUGAAGUAGAGAAGCGCGACAUUAUAACGCUUUAUAACCGCAUUUCACUUCUCUCACACACAGGUAGAGCGGAGUUUCCUCUUCUUCCUCGGGUGGGAGAUCUAACGAAUACGUUUGGGAUCACAUUCUUGUGGAGUUUUUUUUAGAUAAAAGUUGCGCAGGCGAAGAGAAGCAGCAUGUCGGCCUCGGCGGCGAAAGUGAGCAGGAAGGAGCAGAACUCGAAUCAUGACGGCGCGGACGAAACCUCGGAAAAAGAACAGCAGGAGGCUAUUGAACACAUCGAUGAAGUACAGAAUGAAAUCGACAGAUUGAAUGAACAAGCAAGCGAGGAAAUCCUAAAAGUAGAGCAGAAGUACAAUAAGCUACGCCAGCCGUUUUUCCAGAAGCGAUCAGAACUCAUAGCCAAAAUUCCAAACUUUUGGGUCACAACAUUUGUCAACCAUCCACAAGUUUCAGCUCUGCUUGGUGAGGAGGAUGAAGAAGCCCUUCAUUACCUGACCAGGGUGGAGGUCACAGAGUUUGAGGACAUCAAAUCAGGUUACAGAAUAGAUUUUUACUUUGAUGAAAAUCCCUACUUUGAAAACAAAGUCCUGUCGAAAGAGUUCCACUUGAACGAAAGCGGUGACCCGUCUUCAAAAUCCACUGAGAUUAAAUGGAAGGCUGGAAAGGACUUGACCAAGAGGGCAGGGCAGACACAGAACAAGGCUGGCAAGAAGAGGCAACACGAGGAGCCGGAGAGCUUCUUCACCUGGUUUACUGAUCACUCAGAUGCUGGGGCCGAUGAACUUGGCGAGGUGAUCAAGGACGACAUCUGGCCCAAUCCUCUGCAGUAUUACCUGGUCCCAGACAUGGAUGAUGAGGAAGGUGAGGGUGAAGAUGAGGAUGAUGAAGAGGAGGAGGAAGGUUUGGAAGAUAUUGAUGAGGAAGGGGAUGAAGAUGAGGGAGAGGAAGAUGAGGAGGAAGAUGAGGGAGAGGAUGGAGAGGAUGAUGGUGAGGAUGACUAAAGUUCACAUGGACAUAUUCUGAUAUUCCAACCCCUUCUGUACCUGUUCUUUCAAUUUGAAGUCAUCCUCCGGCCCGAGGGAGCAAAAACGCAUUUUUUUGGUUUUCUUUAUUUUUUUUAAUUUUUAUUUUUGUGCUCCGUCUUCUGUUCUGAAGCCUCUCCUGUCCUUCCCAUGUCUAAUCCCAGUUAAUUCCCUGGACAUUACCUACCUGCAUUCGGAAAACUAGUGGCAUCUUUUUGCUGAAGCCUCUCGCAUCGUCCAUCUCCAAAGACACGUACAAGAUAUUAACAACCUGCACGUCAUCCUCUGUAGACUAAACUGAAGUAAAUAGCAAUUUAUAUAUAAGUACAUAAAUGCAUUUUUUUUUUUUCUGUGAAUGGUUGUGAUAUAAAAUAAUAAGCCAUGGUGCAGUGAUGAGCUAAUCAUAGCGUACAUAACUAGCCACUCUCAUUUUUUUUCCUCCUGUUCUUUUCUGUAUAUUGUAAUAUGGUUUAAUGCGGGGUUUCUGCUCCAGAGAGUCGACAGUUUUUUCCUAAUGUGAUUAUUGGACAAAAAGAAAGCACCAGCUUGUUCUCGUCACCUCUUGUACACAUUUUGGGGUGGAUAUGAGAUGAUCAGGGUAAUGACCGUUGUUAUCGUAGGCAGAUUAAACCGGGGGUCGGGUGGGGUGAGCGGGUCAGUGACACAUCAACAUUUUUGGGUUUUGUGUUGAUUUGAAUUUUCAUUGUAAUGUUUUACAGACACCCAUGAGGUUUGAAAUUUACAUUUUUAAUAAAAAUAAAACACACACAAAAAAAACAUUUCCUUCUUGUAAUUUUGAACUUAGACAAUUAAAGGACUAUUUAAACGAGUGAUAAUAAAACUUGUAGAAUCCA